AUGGACGGCCAGCUGCAGACAGAAACGGAAACAGAAGGAACAGCGACAAGUGACAGAGAUAGGGAGGGAGAGGGAAAGAAAGGGGGUGGGUACCCUCGAGCCGUAUCCGCGGGCAAUGGGAGGUCGUGGAACAAGCAAGGACCAGGCGGCUGGCCGAACAGCGAAGCAGCAACAAAGGCAAGGCAAAGGCAAAAACGAAAGAAAAAGGCUAAAAAAGCAAAACGCGCUGGGCUUUCCAGUGCUGAGAGCGCUGUGACUUCGCCCGGUGCGACUCGACUCGAGCUGGCUUCGAGGUCUCUAAACUGUCGGUGGGGAUGGCUGGGCUGCCUGGUUGGGCGGAAAUCGAGUGACAGUUCGGCGUUGGUUCGUGUCGAAGCUGAUGCUGCCUUUGAAGCUCGCUCAGUCUCCGGUCUCAGCAGCUGGGCGACGAUGCGAGUCGAGGGUUUCUUUCUGCUGCGCCGCGCUAGCCAACGAACUUGUGCUAUUUUUGCUUCUUCUUCUGUCGCUGCUGGUUCUGCUGGUUCUGGUUCUGCUGUUCUCCGAUGCUUGACCGCAAGUUGGGUAUACGACAGGGCGAUGUGA